CCUCACUGUUCUCACCACAUCCUCCCCUCCUCAAGAACAUCAUCAACAAUGGCCGCUCGACCUACCGUUAACGUUCGAGGUGCCAACGGAGCCACUGGCUCUGUCGCCCUCCCCGCCGUAUUCUCGGCACCUGUGCGAACUGACAUUGUUCAGGAGCUGUACAAGAACAUGGCCAAGAACAAGCGCCAGCCUUACGCCGUCGCUACCAACGCCGGUCACCAGACCUCUGCCGAGUCUUGGGGAACUGGUCGUGCCGUCGCUCGUAUUCCCCGAGUUGGUGGUGGUGGUACACACCGAUCCGGUCAGGCCGCCUUCGGUAACAUGGCCCGAGGUGGUCACAUGUUCGCCCCCACCAAGCUCUGGCGCCGUUGGUUCGUCAAGAGCAACCAGAAGCAGAAGCGAUACGCCACUGCCUCUGCUCUUGCCGCCACUGCCAUCCCCUCGCUGCUGCUCGCCCGUGGACACCGUGUCGAGAAGGUCGAGGAGGUGCCCCUCGUCAUCGAGGACUCUGCCGAGAGCCUGACCAAGACCAAGGAGGCUGUCGCUCUCCUGCAGUCCGUCAACGCCUACGACGAUGUUCUCAAGGUCUCCAACUCGCGUAAGCUGCGAGCUGGUCAGGGUAAGCUGCGCAACCGACGACACGUCCAGCGCCGUGGACCCCUGGUCGUCUACAACGAGGACAAUGGUAUCGUCAAGGCUUUCCGCAACCUGCCCGGUGUUGAGGUUGCCUCGGUCGACCGCCUCAACCUCCUCCAGCUCGCCCCCGGUGGACACCUGGGCCGAUUCGUCAUCUUCACUGCCUCUGCCUUCAAGAAGCUGGACACCAUCUUCGGUACCCUCGAGCAGCCUUCGCUGGUCAAGAAGGGCUUCAGGAUUCCCAGCAGCAAGAUCAGCAACACCGACGUCACCCGAAUCAUCAACUCGGACGAGAUCCAGUCCGUUGUGCGCCCCGCUGGCCCCUCGGUCACCAAGCGUCCCCACACCCAGAAGAAGAACCCCCUGCGCAACCGCGCUGCUCUGUUCCGCAUCAACCCUUACGCUUCGGCUAUGAUCCGUGGUGCUGCCAGGGAGCAGGAGCGCAACCUGAAGCGAAAGGCCGAGGGCAAGUCGAAGAGCAAGCCAAAGGACAAGAAGAUCUUGGCCGGCGAGAGCUUCCUCUCUUCCCUCCACGCUUAGAGAGGGUGCUGAGUUGCUAGUAGAGGGAAGGAGCACGCGAGGCGCUUGACAGAUUCUGCUAUCAUGUCUGUCUGUCCGUCGCCUCUUUUGUGUCUAGACUUCCGUGGAUGGGUCGGAUGGAGGUGAGGUUGAUGAGUUCAGAAAGUGGCGUGAAGAAGCUUCGCAUUUGGUCGUUUCCCCUUCACUGCCUCUUCUCUUCGACAUCGACUACCAAAAG